UUUUCUCCUACUGAUGACUAAGACAUCUACGUUUCGGAGCUGAUGGUGGAGAAUAACGUCACGCUGGAUGCCCAGAGGAUCCUGCUGAGUUGGAAUGCUUCAGUAACCCUCAACGUGACGGAUAGCAGCGGUGUUUCCCACACCGUGACAAUCUUCAGCAGUGAAGUGGUUGCAGAAUGCAUAGUUGUGGGCGAGGACUUUGAGUGCAACUGCACGAUGGGCUACGUUUGGAGUAACGAAGUCUGCUACAACUAUAACUGCUGUCUUCCAGCAACGUGCACAGCAAAUAUAUCUCUGGCUUCAUCCAUCUGUGUCCGGGAAACCAACGGUGACCAUCCUCCUCAUGUGUUGUUGUUUGUGUUUGGUUUGUUUAGGUUUUUAUUUUUAAUUGAACUUUCAUGUUUUCACUUAGUCUCAGUUGAAGCUAAUGAGACGCUUUAUAACCAACAGUUUCCAUCAAUGGAUCAAUUUCACCCUGGAAUGCCAUCUAUACACAAACAGUACGUCCGUCUCCGUUUACACAGCAACGCUACACCACACCCGGGUAAACGGCUGCUUCUAAAGCCUUCUUUAUCUUCAAAGGUACAGAACUCCUUCAGUAAGCUGAAUGGCCUGAAGACUCUAACUGUCACACCAAGGAGGUUUGCCUUUCCAUAUCAGCUUUUCAGUUUCAACAGUACUUUCAUCCACAAAUGUCUGUUAGAAGUUAACGAAACAAUGACAAGGUUUGCAUGUUUAAUCAUUUGUUCAGAAAAAGACUUUUCCACUGAUUUUCUCCUCAUCAGCACCGCCACCAUAGCUGACUUUUUGGUAAAUGUCAGCGUUAACGUAAACACGUCUAAACUUCAGGAGAUUCUGACUUAUCUGCAAAGUUCUGUUGCCUCCAGCCAAAUUUUUGUGGACACUCUGGGAAUGGUCAACAUUUACGCCCCUCCAACCCCAGUGAAAUACCAGUCACUGCUCCUCCUGAACUGCACGUUGGAGGAGGCCACCGACAGCUUUGGCUGGAACCUAACCACACUGCUGCAGCGCUUUGAACUCAACAACGGCCUCAUUGUGAGAAUUGGUCCACCCUGUGCCACACAGGAUUACCAAUCCUGUACUUCAGUUACUAUCUCAAAUGCUACUGGCAUGUAUGCAGGCACAUACGAGUGUGGAUUCACCACUGGGUCAGUCAGACACACAGCGCGGGCGAGUGUGGACAUCGCUCUCCUGCCAGAUUCCAUCAACAUGAAUUUUAGCCCUCUGAUCGCAGACUGUCUACAGCUGACCCCUGUUACUGUUUCUGCCAGCAUUCCAAUAACCACCGAGCCCUACAAUAUCACAUGGAACCAGAACACCAAAGUGAUGCAGACAAAUCCAACAAAGAGGGACGUCUUCACGUACAACUUCACCGCUUCCAUGGGCUGCACAGCAGCAAGUGAAAACAUAGAGAUCUUUUUUCAAAACAGACUGAAUCAAACUAAAAGUGCAAACGUCAACAUCCCUGUGUUACUUGUUGGGGCGUCAUUUUGCAACGCUGAAAGUAUUGGUGAUGAGGUCUGGCCAAAAACUCCAAUUAAAACAUUAGUCACAAAUAAAACAUGCCCAGUGGGCCGGGUCGGCAACAAGACACGUUACUGUAACGGAAGCCGACUGUGGGAACCGGUGUUCUCACAGUGCGUCAGUGAGGUGCUGAACAAAGUGCAAGACGCAGCUACUAACUUCCUGAAUGGACUUGGAGCUACCCCGGAAGUGGCUAAAAACAUCUUUCAAGGUGUUAAUAACAACUCCAAUCCGAAUUCUGGCACAGGUGACGAAGCUGACAUUGGUGCUACCAUCAACAUCAUAGGUGUGAUGGCCCAAGCAUCGGGAAUUAUGAAUUUGCAAGAGGAUGUCUUGCCUGAUCUAAUCAACGCUGCUAGCAACAUGGUGAACUCGUCCUGGGAUGGGGUAAAUCAGACCGUUCGUCAAAGCAUGUCAUCAAAUUACCUUUCUUCUAUGGAGAACCUGGUGAAAAACAUCCAGUUCAACGUGAGUGAUGGAUACAACAGCACCAACCUGGAACUAAAGCUGUGUACAAGCGAAGACUGUAGUCUGUCUCUUUUUGGCGUCGACGUGUCUCUGAACAAGACCAACGGGACUAUGAAAAGCCUCGGUGUGAGAAAUUUAAUGGACAAAAUGACAUUUGAUCAAAAUUUCAGCAGCAUCUUGAUCUCAGCCACCCUGGUGAACAACAACGAUUCAAACAUUACAAUAAAAAUGAACUUUCCUGUUGAGCAACCGGGUUUUACAACUUUUUCGUGUGUCUUCUGGAACACCGUCAACAACAGUUGGUCCACUGAUGGAUGCCUCGCCAACCUUACAGGCGGUAACGAAACUCUCUGCGAGUGCCACCACCUGACGUCCUUCUCUGUCCUCAUGGCCAAGAGUGCCAAUGUGUCUAAUCCUAAUCUGGACAUGAUCACAUACAUCGGCCUUGGCGUGUCCAUUUUCUCCCUGCUCCUCUUCCUCCUCAUUGAGUAUCUUGUGUGGUCGGCUCUGAUAAAGACGAACCUGUCCCAUUUCCGUCACACAGCUGUAGUGAACAUCGCUGUGUUCCGUUUGCUUGGUGACUGCAGUUUCUUGGCCUCCAUCUUUCCCGAACAGCUCAGUGAAACCAUGUGCCUAACCUUCACCGUGUGCAAACACCUGUUUUACGUGGCCAUGUUCACCUGGAUGUUGUGCCUGAGUUCAAUGCUCGUCCACCAGCUCAUCUUUGUUUUCAGUCCCUUGAGGAAAAGAGUCUUCAUGUUUUUCUCCAGCAUCGUCGGCUACGUCGUCCCCAUCCUAAUCGUUGGGUCCAGCUACGUUUAUUACAAAUACACCAACAAGAGCUACUAUGACAGAAAAUCAUGCUGGCUAAUAUAUGAAUCUCUCUUGAAAGGCUCCAUUCAUGCUUUUCUCCUUCCUGUGUUAACCAUUACUUUGACGAAUCUCUUUUCUAUGGCGGUUGUCAUCCUUACCUUGGUGAAGACCUCGGUGCCUGAUGGAACCAAGGCAGAUGAAAAGGAGACGGCCAAGAGCAUUCUGAAAGUGGUGGUCCUUCUAACGCCUAUCUUCGGAGUAACGUGGAGCCUUGGCUUCUUCCUUUACACGCUGAACAGCACUGACCCCAUGUUCAUGGUUGUUAACUACCUUUUCACCAUCCUCAACUCUUUCCAGGGUUUUUUCAUUUUGGUGACAGGAUGCCUCGCUGAGCAGAAGGUCAGAGAUGAGCUAUAUAAACUCAUUAUGGCUAAAACGGGACGGGAAACGGACAGCAUGCAGAAACUGACUUCCACUACCUACACCAAAGACAAAUGAUGACAAAGGAAGAGAUGGCAGUAUGUCAUGUCUGCAGCUCGUCUUAGAUACCACAAGAGGAAGCUUCUUGAAGUUUGUGGUAGAAUGUUGUCCUUAGACUGUUAAACACACGUAGAUGGUUUUUCAUGGAGGAACGUUAUCUAAGGUUUGUCUAAUAGAGCACUGAUGUGGACGUUUAGAGGUAAAGUAAUAUUUGCUGAUUAAACAGAAGUAAUGCUUGUCCGUAUCAGCUGGCGAUGCUCC